UUUUUAAUUGAUUUUAUAUGUGACUAUAGAAAUCUCUCCACAUUUUCAUUGCAAACACUAAAGACUUUUUCUUAAAUUUCUUGUAAACCAUACAAAACAUGUUGUGUGCUUCUCAAGCAUCAACAACAACCCUUUGCUCAACCAUGGAUCAAACCUCACAACCUUCUUCUUCUUCUUCAGCCACGAUCCGGCUCGGUGGUCGAGCCAUUGACCGUCAUAACCCAAUCAUACGUGACGGUCGGAGACUCACUCCUCCACCUUCCCCAAACCUUAAUCCCUCUUCUUCGUCUUCUUCUACUUAUCAUACUCCUCUUAUGACUAGACUAGGUCUCGAGAGUAGUGAACAAAAACGGUUAGCGAAGAGGAAGAGCAAGAAAGGUGACAGUGAUGUUGGUAAGUCACCGGUUAGUUGUUUUAGCAGUGACACACCUCAGGGUUCUUCAAGGUACUUAUUGAGUAACCCGGUUUUCUUUGACGGGUUUGUGGAUUCCGACCCGAUUCCAAUACCUAUUGAUGAACCGGAGAUAACCAAAGCUGAUGAUUUAAAUAAUUUUCAUGAAGAUCGACUCAUAAUAAACGCCUCAAAGUAUCUAUCAACUUCUGCUUCUUUCUUGGAGAAGAAGCAACCCGAUUUCUUCGAGGGGUUCUUGGAUUAUGAACCGGUUCUAUCUCCCGAUAAUCCUUUCUCUGAACCCACAAAAGCUUCUCCUACAGCUUCUCUGAGCUCUCUUGAAGAUAAAGAUGUUUCGUCCCCGGAUUUCAAAUUCUCUCCUCCUCCUCCCCCACCUCCUUCUCCUCCUCAGUCGUCGCCGCCAUCACCACCGGAGAAAAACUCAUCUUCCGAUCAAGUGGUUGUUUUGAGAGUGUCACUUCAUUGCAAAGGCUGUGCAGGGAAAGUUAAGAAACAUCUAUCGAAAUUGAAAGGUAACUAACAAGUAAAGUAUUUCUUCUAUUCAUGAAAAUAUAUACUUGAUUUGUAAAAAUACUCUGUUUUUGGUCCUUUGAUGAUUGUUGAACGCAGGAGUGACGUCGUAUAACAUAGACUUCGCAGCAAAGAAGGUUACCGUGACGGGAGACGUGACACCGUUAACUGUGUUGGCGAGUAUUUCCAAAGUUAAAAACGCUCAGUUUUGGCCUGAGAUUAUUCAGAAGUAAUUCUCUUUCUUUUUCCCUCUGUUUUCUUCUAUGCUCUUAUCUUUACUUUGGAAGACAAAACUUGUGAAGAUGUUACUUUCUUUUGUGCGUUUAUUUGUCUCGGUUAUGAUUAAAGAUUGGUAUUCAGAAAUGUUUUAUAUGAACACACUUCAUAAUUUGUUUUUGUGAUACUAAAUCUCUACUAUUUAUUCAAGUAUUGGAAAAAUAAAAAUUGAUUAGUAGUAUUAGCUUGUUAAGACCGUGGAGCAAUGAGCAAUCACUUCACAACUUGAAAGCCAAACCCAAACAUUAGUAAUAUCAAGAGGAAGGUCUUGCAAAAAAACUACUGAUAAGUUAUUUGAUCACUAAUAUUGAAAAUAAUGUCAUAAAUAGUGUCUUGCUCUAUUUGUGAUUUAGAAAUUUUUAUAAAAACAUAUUUUUUAAUCUAUGAUUUUGAAUAUUGUUAUUCUUUCUUUUAUUUACACCACACCAAAUAUGUUUUUUUUUUAAUCCAAAAAUAAGCCUUUUAAAAGGAGAAAAAAGUAAAAAAACUAUUGUUAUUCAAUGCAUAUGGAUUUACACCAAAACAAAUAUUGUUAUUCAAUCCAUAUAGACUUACCUUUACAGAUGACCAAAAAAAAAAAAAGACUUACCUUUACACCGAAAAUUUAAUGUUAUUCAAUCCAUAUAGAUUUACACCAAAGACUAAAUUUUAUUUAUUUAUCCUCAAAAAAGGGAAAAACAAAAUCAAAGGUUUGUUAAUUAUUGUAUCUUGCAUUUCUUUUUUCUUUGAUGACAGGAC